AUGAAGCUUCAAGCAACCCGCUUCAUAACCGAAAUCUUCACAGAGGGAGCUAUCCUGACCAUCCAUUCAAAGGCGGCAGCCCUUUGCAUCCGUUCGAUGAUGGCUGCACUGAUCUUGACCACUAACGAUCUCCCUGUUGCAUCCAGUCAUCGUAAACUGUCUUCAAAGAGCAGGGAUAAGCAGAGGUUGAGUGCCCUCGCUACAGAAACUGAGUUCGGAGGCAACGACGGUGGUGGAAAAAAGGGUACUGGGGUCGGCGAUGGGGGGGGUGGCGGUGGGGGAGGGUCUGGAGGAGACCAAGGCGGGGGGCCAGGUGAUUUUGGACCAGGAUUUGGGGGAACAGGUGAUGGCGGGAAAGGCCCGGAGCCACCAUUGAGCCUCUGGCAACAGUACCUCGCUCUCUUAGAAAGCCACCCGGUGCUCACCAAGGCAAUCACUUCUUCUUUUCUCAACUUUGCCGGAGACUUGCUGUGCCAGACUGUGAUUGAGAAGAAGAAGGAACUGGACUUCAGACGAAUGGGCGUCAUCUCUCUCAUUGGCCUCGUUUUGGUGGGGCCUACCCUGCAUUUCUGGUACGGCCUCCUCAAUCGGACGGUGAAAAUUCCUGGGGGAGCAGGCAUCGUUUCUCGGCUGGUCCUUGAUCAAUUCCUCUUCUCGCCCGCCUUCAUCGCCGCUUUCUUCAGCACGCUGCUCACCCUCGAAGGGCGGCCGAGCCUCAUCCAAGCUACGUUGCAAAAGGAGUGGGUAUCCACGUGCAUAGCCAACUGGAAGAUCUGGAUCCCCUUCCAGUUCCUCAACUUCUGGCUCGUGCCUCCGCAAUUGCAGGUCGGCGCGGCAAACGUGAUUGCUCUGCUAUGGACAGUUUACCUAUCCUUUGUCACUCACAAGUGAGAGAGACUCCAUCAGGAGAGGGAUGUCAAUAAUACGGACAGCUUCGCGUUAGCAGUCAAGUAAAGCUUAGGAAACGUGCUUCUGGAUACAUUGUACAGAGACAUGCUGCCCAGUCCUCAGGCCGUUUGCGGCGUUCGAGUAGUGAGUUUGCAAGGUAGACUGCUUGACGGGGUCGUGCAUUAGGGCCACCGGUUCAGCUGCAGAGUGCGCCGCACCAUACAACUGUGCGGUCACAAUGCCAAGUUUGUCACAAGAGAUGUUUCUGUGUCUACGCGAAUGCAUGUGUGGCCUUCGAG